GGACGCGCGCUUCGCCUGGGUCGCCGGCGGAGGCGCGCAGCAGUCCGAGCCUCAGACGCGCGGGAGCGAGGGACCGCGCAGGGACAGCCGGACUGGGGCAGCUGGAGGCGACAGCUUCUGAAACACGCACGACAGCUGCGUUCCGGGGUCUUGGGCAGUAGCGCCCCGGCGGGACGGUGGGCGCGGCGCGAAAACGGAUUUCUGUGAUAUUCUCCAGUGACAUCCAGUACCUCUGCUUGCUGAAGGCUUUGACCAAGGCUACUGCCAGAUGUUAAUGUCAUCCUGAGAAAAGGAGGACAUAGAAAUCAGGGACACCUUGGGAGGUUUCUGACCAGUGGAUCUUCUGAAGAGCAAUGCUAAGACAACCUUUGACUUAAAAGAAUUAAAAAGAAUACCACUUCUUCAAGUAAGAAGACUUGCUUCAAAGUUCCCUGCAUGAAAAAUUAUUUGAACAUUGCACACAAACCUUCUGUGGAAGAGGAAAAGGAAAAUCGGUGUGCGGGUCUCAUCAGGAGUAGAGCUGAUGCAGCUUAAAAUAAUGCCGAAAAAGAAGCACUUCUCUGCAGGCAGAGUGCCCUUGAUCCUCUUCCUGUGCCAGAUGAUUAGUGCUCUGGAUGUACCUCUCGAUUCAAAGCUUCUUGGCGACUUGGUACAGCCUCCAACCAUCACCCAACAGUCACCAAAGGACUACAUUAUUGACCCUCGGGAGAACAUUGUAAUCCAGUGUGAAGCUAAAGGGAAGCCUCCUCCCAGCUUUUCCUGGACCCGUAAUGGAACUCACUUUGACAUAGACAAAGACCCUCUGGUCACCAUGAAGCCUGGCUCAGGAACACUCAUCAUCAACAUCAUGAGUGAAGGCAAAGCAGAGACCUAUGAAGGAGUCUAUCAGUGCACAGCGAGGAAUGAGCGCGGAGCUGCAAUCUCUAAUAACAUUGUUGUCCGCCCAUCCAGGUCGCCCUUGUGGACCAAAGAAAGACUUGAGCCAAUAACACUUCAUAACGGUCAGUCAUUGGUUCUUCCCUGUAGACCUCCAAUUGGAUUACCACCAGCCAUAAUAUUUUGGAUGGAUAAUUCCUUUCAAAGACUUCCACAGAGUGAGCGGGUUUCACAAGGCCUGAAUGGAGACCUUUAUUUCUCCAAUGUCCUCCCAGAGGAUACCCGGGAAGACUAUAUCUGCUAUGCCAGAUUUAACCACACUCAAACCAUACAACAGAAGCAACCUAUUUCUUUGAAGGUGAUUUCAGUGGAUGAAUUGAAUGACACUAUAGCUGCUAAUUUGAGUGACACUGAGUUUUAUGGUGCUAAACCUGGUAAAGAGAGGCCACCAACAUUCCUCACUCCGCAGGGCACUGAAAGCCGCAAAGAGGAACUAAGAGGAAAUGUGCUUUCGCUAGAGUGCAUUGCGGAAGGCCUACCUACUCCAAUCAUUUACUGGAUCAAAGAAGAUGGAACACUUCCUGUCAACAGGACGUUUUACCAGAACUUUAAGAAAACCUUGCAGAUCACUCAGGUUUCAGAAGCAGACUCUGGAAAUUAUCAGUGCAUAGCAAAGAACACACUAGGAGCUGUCCAUCAUACCAUUUCUGUCACAGUUAAAGCGGCUCCAUACUGGAUUUCAGCACCUCAAAACCUUGUGCUAUCCCCAGGAGAGAAUGGGACCCUUAUCUGCAGAGCUAAUGGCAACCCCAAACCCAGAAUUGGCUGGUUAACAAAUGGAGUCCCAGUAGAAAUUGCUCCCGAUGACCCCAGCAGAAAAAUAGAUGGAGAUACCAUUAUCUUUUCCAAUGUUCAAGAAAGAUCAAGUGCAGUUUAUCAGUGCAAUGCCUCUAACGAAUAUGGGUAUUUACUAGCAAAUGCAUUCGUGAAUGUGCUCGCUGAACCACCUCGAAUUCUCACAUCUGCAAACAUACUGUACCAGGUCAUCGCAAACAGACCUGCUUUGUUAGACUGUGCCUUCUUUGGGUCUCCUCUGCCUACCAUUGAGUGGUUUAAAGGAACUAAAGGAAGCGCUCUUCAUGAAGACAUUUAUGUUUUACAUGAUAACGGAACAUUAGAAAUUCCUGUGGCCCAAAAGGAUAGUACAGGGACAUAUACAUGUGUUGCAAGAAAUAAAUUAGGGAUGGCAAAGAAUGAAGUUCACUUGGAAAUCAAAGAUCCAACCAGGAUCAUUAAACAACCUGAAUAUGCAGUCGUGCAGAGGGGGAGCAAAGUGUCCUUUGAAUGCAAAGUGAAACACGAUGAUACCUUAAUCCCCACCAUCAUGUGGUUGAAGGACAACGGAGAGCUGCCCAAUGACGAAAGAUUCUCCAUUGGUAAGGAUCAUCUGGUGGUAACUGAUGUAAGUGAUGAUGAUGGAGGGAUGUAUACGUGUGCGGCCAACACAACGCUGGACAGCGUUUCCGCCAGCGCUGUGCUCCGGGUUGUCGCUCCCACUCCAACUCCAGCCCCCAUUUACGAUGUCCCGAAUCCUCCCUUUGAUUUAGAACUGACCAAUCAACUUGACAAAGGUGUUCAGCUCACAUGGACUCCAGGCGAUGACAACAAUAGCCCCAUUACAAAAUUCAUCAUUGAAUAUGAAGAUGCAAUGCAUGAGGCAGGGAUAUGGCACCACCAAGCUGAAGUUUCUGGAACACAGACCACAGCGCAGCUGACACUGUCUCCCUAUGUGAAUUACUCCUUCCGAGUCAUGGCGGAGAACAGCAUUGGGCGGAGUGUGCCCAGCGAGGCAUCAGAGCAAUACCUGACGAAAGCCGCAGAACCAGAUCAAAACCCCACGGCUGUGGAAGGACUAGGCACAGAACCCGACAACUUGGUGAUUACAUGGAAGCCCUUGAAUGGGUUUGAAUCGAAUGGGCCUGGCCUCCAGUACAAAGUGAGCUGGCGCCAGAAAGAUGGUGAUGAUGAGUGGACGUCUGUGGUUGUGGCCAAUGUAUCCAAAUACAUUGUCUCUGGCACACCAACCUUUGUCCCAUACCUCAUAAAAGUUCAAGCCCUGAAUGAUGUGGGGUUUGCUCCAGAACCAGCUGCAGUCAUGGGGCAUUCUGGAGAAGACCUUCCGAUGGUGGCUCCUGGGAAUGUGCGUGUCAAUGUGGUAAACAGUACUUUGGCAGAGGUACACUGGGACCCAGUACCUCUGAAGAGUGUCCGGGGACACUUACAAGGCUACCGGAUUUACUACUGGAAGGCUCAGAGCUCAUCCAAAAGGAACAGACGCCACAUUGAGAAGAAGAUCCUCACCUUCCAGGGCAACAAGACUCACGGCAUGCUGCCAGGGCUGCAACCAUACAGUCACUACGUUCUCAAUGUCCGAGUGGUCAACGGGAAAGGGGAGGGCCCAGCCAGCACCGACAGAGGCUUCCAUACUCCAGAGGGAGUCCCCAGUGCUCCCUCAUCUUUGAAAAUUGUCAAUCCUACACUGGACUCUCUCACUUUGGAAUGGGACCCGCCAAGCCACCCAAAUGGCGUCCUGACUGAGUACACCUUAAGAUAUCAGCCAAUUAACAGCACACAUGAACUAGGCCCUCUGGUGGAUUUGAAAAUUCCUGCCAACAAGACACGCUGGACUUUAAACCAUUUAAAUUUCAGUACUCGGUACAAGUUUUAUUUCUAUGCACAAACAUCGGUGGGAUCAGGCAGCCAGAUCACAGAGGAAGCCAUAACGACUGUGGACGAAGGUAAGCUGGCUGGUAUUCUUCCACCUGAUGUAGGUGCAGGCAAAGUUCGAGCAGUGAAUCCCAGGAUCAGCAAUCUCACUGCCGCAGCUGCUGAGACGUAUGCCAAUAUCAGUUGGGAAUAUGAGGGACCAGAGCAUGUGAAGUUUUAUGUUGAAUAUGGUGUAGCAGGCAGCAAAGAAGAAUGGAGGAAAGAAAUUGUAAAUGAUUCUCGAAGCUUCUAUGGGUUAAAGGGUCUAAUGCCAGGAACAGCAUACAAAGUUCGAGUUGGUGCUGAGGGGGACUCUGGUUUUGUGAGUUCAGAGGAUGUGUUUGAGACAGGCCCAGCAAUGGCAAGCCGGCAAGUGGAUAUUGCGACCCAGGGCUGGUUCAUAGGUCUGAUGUGUGCUGUCGCCCUCCUCAUUUUAAUCUUGCUCAUCGUCUGCUUCAUUAGAAGAAACAAGGGUGGUAAAUAUCCAGUUAAAGAAAAGGAAGAUGCUCAUGCGGACCCUGAAAUCCAGCCCAUGAAGGAAGAUGAUGGAACAUUUGGAGAAUACAGGUCUUUUGAAAGCGAUGCAGAAGACCACAAGCCUUUGAAAAAAGGAAGCCGAACACCUUCAGACAGGACUGUGAAAAAAGAAGAUAGUGAUGAUAGCCUGGUUGACUAUGGAGAGGGGGUGAAUGGCCAGUUCAAUGAGGAUGGCUCCUUUAUUGGACAAUACAGUGGUAAGAAAGAGAAAGAACCAGCCGAGGGAAACGAGAGCUCAGAGGCCCCUUCACCUGUCAACGCCAUGAACUCCUUUGUUUAAGUCUUUAAGCUCUGCGUCAGUGUCCCAUUUCUCUGGAAUGUUUUUCCUGAGCACUUCUCAUCCCUCUCAUCCUGUGGACAUAUGGGUAGAAAGGAUGUUUUCUGCUGUAUGUGAGUAUUAUGAGAACAAAGCAAGAACAUAACUCGGUCAAAUGAUACGUUAACAUGAACUGGGGUACAAAGUGAGUACUUUUUUGUUCAGAGUGGGUUUUCUCAAUUUCCUUGGAACCGAUUAAAAACAAAAUUCAACAUCCUCAAUAGAUCACAUUAUUCCCUGUGUGGGAUACAGUUCAAUAAGAUGCAUGAAACCUACGGUACAGAGGACACACCUGUGUAUGUGAUUGCGAUGUGGUCGGGUACUUUGUUGACACUAUGCGCUGCCGAACCCUGAAUAUAAAUUCCGUUGUUAUUGUGGAGAGUGUUACUGUAGUGUUCUCUAGAGCUCCAAUGUCUCUGCGGACAUUGUUGUGGAACUCGUGACUAUGUCUAGUUGUCGUUAGUCUUUUCAGGAGACUGUUAGGAACGGUAUGUACAAUAUCUACUUGCUACAUGAAUUAAUUAUGUCAGGUGCAUCUGCUAAUGCUCACUGAGACUCUGUUACCUAUCCUUUACUCCUGUUACUUCCUAGGCUUCUUAACCUUCCAGGUUACGGUGGCAGUAUUCCUCUUCUUACACUCUCUGUGUUCAAUCAUCUGGGGGCAUAAACAUUGCAUUAUGUGACACCUUCUGGCAUUUGUGCCAUCCUGAAAGAAUUGAAGACAAAACUCUCAAGUUAGAUUUCAAGUUUUAAUCCAGAAAAUGCAGGGCAAGACACAUGCAGCGCCUUCAGACAUUGAGCAUCCCCUGGCUCCUGCACUCUGCAUGGGCCAGUCUGGGCAACUCCAUCCUGUGUUAUUGCUGCCGUUAGAAAUAAACCUUUAAAAGGCAGAGAUAAUGAGAGCCAACAGACAUGCUGGAAAAUUGUGAAAAUAAAAAGUUUAUUUGAAGGGGCUUUCCCCGAUAAAUGUCAAAAACAAAGAAAGCUUUGUCAUUGGAUGGAUCACCUGGUGGUUUUGUGGUCUUUUCUGGUUUCUAGCCAAACAAGUCACAUUGAAAAAGAAAAAUGGCGUGGUUGGAAAUGGGUGGAAAAACCAAUGAUUGUAGAACUAAAAACAUACAACAGCAUGCAAACAGUGAUACACUACCCACUAUACCUGUAUGAGCUUUCAAACUCGGCAGCCUUCAGCAAUGUGUGUGCAAGUUACCACAGGCACACUCCAGAAUCUGCAAAAUCUGGCAAGCGCUUAAUUAGGCCAGCAGUCAAAGGGAUUACAGCUGCAGUCUAGAGAAUAAACACACAUAGCCUAUCACAGUCAUAAGCCAUGUGUGUGAAAUGGCUUUACCUCCAAUAUAAAAAUCUAUGACAGCCUAUGGUUGAAAGAAUGCUCACUUUCAUUUGCCAAUACAUUGGUUUCUCAUAACUUGCAUCAAGUUUAAUUUUAAGUAAAGCUUUUUAUAUGUAGAUAUUCUGUUGAAUUUGUAAAUAUACAUAAAGUGUAGAAGCUAUAUGCUAUAGGUGUUACGUGCAAAUAAACACGCAAGCAAUGUUUAUGUUCUGCUGUGUGAGAAGUAAGCUCAUUAAUUAAUUCAGUGUAUGGGACUGAAAAACAUCCAAAUGCCUUUUGUGGGUUUAUUCCCUCUCCUUUUUGCUGUGAAACUGAAAUAGUGAACUUUUUUACCCACUGUUUCAGCCAGUUUCUGGCUGAAAUCCUCAGCAUUUUGCCAAUGGAGUAGAGUAGGAUUGUCACUUGGCAUCUCUGCUGCAUACAGGGAAGCUUGUUUUAUAGUGACCCCAAAGGAGGUGGCCCUAAGUAUUCUCACGUCUUCAUGCUUCCUUUCCACAACCCAGCCUGCCUAUUGGAAAUACAGAUAAUAAGACAGCCUUGCCUAGACAUCAGAAAACACAAAGACAAAGGUUACUUCAAUGUUUUCAGAGAAAAACAAAUAAAUGCACAGUUUCUGCUCUUCCGUAACUACAGAUGCUAAACGUCUCUGUGCACGAAGAAGUCACCUUCAUCUGUAGAUUACUGCAGAUUUUGUAUUAAAAAUUAAGUGUGGUUUCCACGUCCUUCCCUGUUUUGCAUCUACCAUGUUCCUAGUGGAGUGGGAAUGCCCCAGUGUAUGUGACUGGUAUAAUGAUCCGAUAAUCUGUAUACAGAGCAGGAAAAUGGGACCAGGUUGCCAUCAGAAAGUGACUAUUAAACAGUCUGGAUAGCACGAGUUUUAGCUUCUUCAAACCUGUAUUUCUGAAGAUUUUGAAGAAAUUUUGACUUUUUUUUGUUUUAUUUUUUAAAGGCCUAGGACAUUAUCACAAAACUAAACACGAGAAUUAAUAAGAAGCAUAAUCCAGACAUUUUAAUACAAGGUUAGGGGCUAAGCAAAAAGAGAUAGUGGUACCAGUCUUUUGAGAAAAGGAGAAGAAAUCAAUCAUGUUGUGUCCUUUCUUUAAGAAGGCCAAUUGCUGGUGCCCAGUCAGUGAUGAACAGUCCAUUUCUCCAGCUCGGACCUCCUCUUUCCUGGACCACAGUCAGGCUGUAUUUCUUAACAUGGCUGCUUGAUGAGAGAGUUUGAAUACUCAUAUGUGUUAUAAACAUGCCAUCCACUUCCUUCUCUCCACCUUCAUUCUGUCUCCAAGCUGUAUAGGCGUGCAAACAGCCCAAGCUUAGCAAUUACCCACAUUCCAUCACCUGCCCCUUAGUCACUGGCCCCUGGUCCCUGCACUACAGCCAAGAGACCCGCCUUGCCCUCUCAGUUUUUUAGAUAACACCUUAUAAAGAGACCUGGAGAUGUCAAAUAGAGCUCGGUAUUCUUCCCACAGAGGGCAUAUUGGCGGCUCUCUCUCAGACCCCCCUUUCUCCCUCGCCACUGUGAGCCAGAUUAACAAACCACAGCCGCACUCUGUGGCAGAAGGGGCUGUAAGACCAUAAGUAUGACCUCAGAAAAAUCUGGUAGUUGUAAAGCGGUACAAACCAUCUUGUUCAGGUGGUUUUAACGACUUUAGAGAUAAGGAGAGUCCAGGAACUCAGGGAUUCUCACCCACCGAAUGAAUCGCUCCCGCUUGAGACGUUGCUACAGCUGACCACCAGAGGGCGCCCCGUGCUUUAGUCUGCGCAAAAGAAACCCACUAGAGAAAGCCGCCUAGGGACACACAAUCCUAAUCAUUUUGGAUAAUCAAAGGAUGGCCUGAUGGUGCAGAAAAUGAUCGCCUGCUGCAACAAAGGAGACGGGACUGCAGCUCUCCCUAGUGAGUUCACAGUUCCCAGAGAGGAAGCAUGAGGUGUGUGAGCCCUUUGCAUAGUGUUUUUUUUUUCCUUAUUGGGCUGCAGCCUGGGUGGGACAGGAGAGGAGUUGCCCCGGAGUCCACUGCCCCCCUUUGUCAGGUUGGUGUGUGUGACGAUAAGGGAAGGGUGUCCUUAAAAUGGCCUCAACCCCUUUCUUCAAGAAUACUGUUUUUGUCUGGCAUUAAUGAUUUGAUGUUUGUUAUUGAAUAGAUCACACACAGAAGUGUUUUAAACACCACCCACAGCUCUUAUGACUCACGGAGGAGAAGACGGGAAGAGCAGAGAAUAUUACUGCAGGAUCUGUACUAAAUAGUGGCUCGGUGGGGUGGAAAAAACAGUGGCCCAGAGAGAAGGAUGCGUAUUCCAACUCCGCCAUCUGCUAGCUUUGUGGCUGUGCAGGAACCCCUCCUCUAAGCGUUCCAUGCCCUUUUUCUCAGUGAGAUAAUGAUGGGGCAGAUGAUGUCCAAUCUGAUCUGCCUUUCCUCUUUAAUCCUGUGGGUCCUAGUAACAAAUAAUCUGAGCACUUGCUAAAGCCGGGAAGAAACACAAGCAAAACCAGGUGUGAGUGCCGCUGCCCCGGGGCCUGGAGCCCAGUGUGUGAAGACAAGUAUGACCAGAUAACCAAGCGCCUGGGUGGGUACAAGUCCACAGUUGGGAAAGAGCUCAGAAGGGAAACAUGAGCAAGUGGUAGUGCCAUCCAGGCUGGACAUGGUGGUCAGGAGAGAGGCCCCGAGGAACGAAAUGUGAGCUGAAAGGUGAAAGGCAAGGAAAAGCCAUAGAAAAGCAAGGGGACAAAGCUGGCCAGGGCCAUGUCUGCAUGCCUGCCUAGGUGUGGAGGCCAGUCUAUGCUGGGCUGAGGACUGCAUGGCAAGCUUCUGUAUUUAGUCGAGAAGCAAAGGAAAGUGUGGAGCAAUGGAAAGGGUCAAGGAACUCCUAAGAUUAAGGGCAGCAGUUUAAGCCGUGGGGCUCAGAGCAAUCUGCUAAGGGAGAGGAGCGUGAACAAGAGGGUUGAGGAUGGCACAUCCUCCAGAAGAGAUCCGAUGUAGUGAACAGAAGUGGGAGAAUGGGCCUCCCUGGAAGACCAGUGACCAGGGUCUGCAAAGCAGGGGGCUGUGUUGAGCUGGAAGUGAGGGAAAGACUGCGGCAAGAAUGAAAGUAGAAUGUUUCUACCUGGGUCUGGACACCUCCUCCCUGACAGGUGCCACCAUCGAUCGCCCCUGCCCCUACUUUUUUAGGUGUCUACUGACUUUCUAACAGCUCAAAAGUCUCAGAAACAAACACACCUUCACACCAGUCUCCAUCUCACACCCCUUCUGUUACCAGUUGUCCUCCACCUCAUGGUCAAAUGCUUGAAGUAAUAGCAGAAAAGGUAUAUGAGGGUAAUUGUAGAAGCCCCUGUUGGCUGGACCGUACAUCCUUUGACUUUCUGUGGCUGUAAAACGUCCCCAGUCCCACCCAGCAUGUUCUGUAGACCAUGCCUUUCUUCAGUUCUGAGUGUGUGGUUCAUUAUCUCAGUGGGUGACUCAACAACAAAAGAUAAAUUUUUUUUUUUGUCAUAGCUGACUCACUGAAAUCACCUGACAGUUUUAAAAGCCUGGUGCCUGUUCACCCAGGCCCACAAAGUCGCUGUUUUCAUUAUCUGAACUGUAGCUUGACUGUCACUAGGAAAGGUCCCCAGACGAUUCUAAUGUGCAGCCAAUGUGGAAACCGAUGUUGACCAGCUUAUCCUUUGCUACUGUGUAAGUAGUCACGGAACAGUAUUUUAAACAGACUCCUCAAACACAGCCCAAGGGUGAAUCUCAAAUUCUCUUCUGUGCCCACAUAAAAUGAAUCUAGAGAUUCAGGUAGAAUGCUCAUACAUUGGUGGUGGAAAUAUAAGAUGGUGCAGCCACUUUGGAAAAGAGUUUAGCAGUUUCUUUAAAUAUUGAAUAUAAAUUUACCAUGUGACCACAAUUCAACUCUUAAGUCUUUCACCCAAGAGAAGUGAAAGCCUACAUCUAGCCAUAGGCUUGCAUAUGCAUGUUUACAAAAUACCAAUCAUAACUGCUAGAAAACAACCCCAGUGGGUAUGAGCAGGUGAAAGCUGAACAAAAUGAGUGUAUCAUAUGCAUAGAUGGUGUAGCUCCACAGUCAGAUUAAAUACUACUUGGCAAGUUAUGUGAAGGAUUAAUGAAAACAGCAAUGUGAGAAGACUCCAAAAAAACUUCAGAUUUUAAAAGUUAAGCACAAAGCUCACUAUUCUAAUUUACUUGAAAUGUCCAAAAGGGCAAAACUGUGAGGACAGGAGGUAGAUUUCUGUCUGGGGCUGAGGGAGGUGGAGGCAAGGGUUCAUGUGAAAUUGGUGAUUGCCUGAAGUACUAAAAGGUCUUGAGUCUUAUAGUUAAAACAAGUGAAUUAUGGUAUCAAGUGACAUCUCAGGAAAGCUUAUAUUUGUCUGAAGGGUGAAUAGAGUUGUGUGUAAAUGAGGUUUAACAGCCUCACACCAUGGACACAUAAGCUCCUGUUCCUCAAGGAUGCUGCAAGGCCAUCCACUCCAGGUAUUCCCCAGAAUGACAGCAUUGCUUGUUAGAAUCACAUUCUUGACCUGUCCCAGAUCAAAUGGUUCAGGAACUCUGCAGGUAUAGACCAGCACUUGUCUAUCAAAAAAAUCCCUCUGAUUCCUAACACACUAGCUUGUGUGGAACAAGACACUCAGCCUGUGAGCUAGCCUCUCUCCUAUCCCAUCAUGAGGCAGGGGAAUGGCUUAGCUUUGAAAUUAAAGGAAGAGAGCAGGUAUUCUUCAUAACCCCCCCCAAAAAAAAAUCAAACAACAACAAAAACAAAACAAAAACAAAAACAAAAAAAACACAAAAAAAACUUCAAAGACUAGUUUAAAUGCCCAUAAUAGGUAAGUGGUUAAACAAAUUUUUUAAAUGUGCACCAUGUCCAGACCACCACUAAACAGUAAGUACAACCCCUGGUACAAGGAUCUCAUGCCACCAAGUGAAAGGGGCCAAACCAAAGGUUUUGUUCAUAUAAAACAUUGGAGCAGCUGAGACUUUCCUACAAGGACAGGAAGCAGACUGUGUUGGCCAGGGAUUGGUGUUUGCAGAGGGAUUUACCUCUGGGAGGCAGAGAGAACUCUUCUAGAGGAUGGGACUAGUCCAUAUUUUGAUUGUGAGGAUAGUUAUAUGGGUAUUCGUUCAUCAGGACUCAAAAAUUAUAUGCUUAGACUGAGUGUGCUUUGUUAUAUAUGUUGUAUCUCAAUAAAGUUGAUUUUGAAAGGAAAAUAAACUGGACACAAGUGA